UCGAAUUUCGUAUAGAAAGAAAAGGAACCACUUCUAUUCUCUUUUCUUAAGUAUAAGAGGGAUAAGUACUUAUUCCUGGCCGGCGGUAUCAUUGCUGCUCCCCGCCUAAUGCGGAUCAUUGUGCAAUGCUUAUGUGAAAUCUCAAUCCAAAACUUAUUCGUUUCGUUGGAAAAACCAACGCCGAUCUAAAACUAAGUCUUCCUUUCAAAAGUGAGCGAGCAGAGCUGAAAAAGAUGGAGUUACCUGGAGAUGAGAUUUCUUUCUACGGAUAUGAAGGAUAGAAAUAUGCUAUUUGCUGCUAUUACAACGAAUCAACCAAUUCGUAGUAAGUGUUCCCGUCUUCCCGAUCUACAUGAUUUUUUCCCAACCAACAUCUCUCAGAACUUUGCUAUAACGCCAAACUUGGAUAUAACGCCAACGCCUGAGCGAAUUGCCGGCGUCACAAUAGUUUUACAAAUAGAAGAGUAUUUGGGCCAAAAUGAGUCCGAACAGGGAGCAGUCAAUUUAGCUAGAACAGUAUUGGGAGCCCGCCACCGAAAUGGCGAAACUUGGCAGGGCAUAUUAGAGGAUAUUCGGGCGGGUGGUGGUAUGGAUAAUUUUAUCCAGAAUCUGCCUGGUGCCUACCCGGAAACCCCAUUGGAUCAAUUUGCCAUUAUCCCAAUAAUUGAUCUUCAUGUGGGCAACUUUUAUUUAUCAUUUACAAAUGAAGUCUUGUAUAUGCUGCUCACUGUCGUUUUGGUCGUUUUUCUUUUUUUUGUUGUUACGAAAAAGGGAGGUGGAAAGUCAGUGCCAAAUGCAUGGCAAUCCUUGGUCGAGCUUAUUUAUGAUUUCGUGCUGAACCUGGUAAACGAACAAAUAGGUGGUCUUUCCGGAAAUGUGAAACAAAAGUUUUUCCCUCGCAUCUCGGUCACUUUUACUUUUUCGUUAUUUCGUAAUCCCCAGGGUAUGAUACCCUUUAGCUUCACAGUGACAAGUCAUUUUCUCAUUACUUUGGCUCUUUCAUUUUCCAUUUUUAUAGGCAUUACGAUCGUUGGAUUUCAAAGACAUGGGCUUCAUUUUUUUAGCUUCUUAUUACCUGCGGGAGUCCCACUGCCGUUAGCACCUUUCUUAGUACUCCUUGAGCUAAUCUCUUAUUGUUUUCGUGCAUUAAGCUUAGGAAUACGUUUAUUUGCUAAUAUGAUGGCCGGUCAUAGUUUAGUAAAGAUUUUAAGUGGGUUUGCUUGGACUAUGCUAUUUCUGAAUAAUAUUUUCUAUUUCAUAGGAGAUCUUGGUCCCUUAUUUAUAGUUCUAGCAUUAACCGGUCUGGAAUUAGGUGUAGCUAUAUCACAAGCUCAUGUUUCUACGAUCUCAAUUUGUAUUUACUUGAAUGAUGCUACAAAUCUCCAUCAAAAUGAGUCAUUUCAUAAUUGAAUAAAAACGAGGAGCCGAAGAUUCUA